GUAACCAUUUCUCUCUCUCUCUCUCUCCGGCCUAGUAGUUCUCAUCUCGGAGACAGUGGCAGUGAGCUGGUGGGAGUAACAAAGAAGAAGAAGAAGAAGAUGGGGACUUUAGGAAGAGCGAUAUACACCGUCGGAUUCUGGAUUAGGGAGACCGGCCAGGCCGUCGAUCGCCUCGGCAGCCGCCUCCAAGGAAGCUACUACUUCAAGGAGCAGCUGUCUAGGCAUCGGACUCUCAUGAAUGUAUUCGAUAAAGCACCUGUUGUUGACAAGGAUGCAUUUGUGGCCCCAAGUGCCUCCGUCAUUGGUGAUGUUCAAGUGGGAAGAGGAUCUUCUAUUUGGUAUGGAUGUGUAUUGAGAGGUGAUGUGAACCACAUUGUUAUUGGAGCUGGAACUAACAUACAGGACAACUCCCUUGUGCAUGUGGCAAAGUCUAAUUUAAGUGGGAAGGUGUUGCCAACCAUUAUUGGUGAUAAUGUCACCGUAGGUCACAGUGCUGUUGUACAUGGCUGUACGGUUGAGGAUGAGGCCUUUGUUGGUAUGGGAGCCACACUGCUUGAUGGUGUCGUUGUUGAGAAACAUGCUAUGGUUGCUGCCGGAGCCCUUGUGAGACAGAAUACAAGGAUCCCCAGUGGAGAGGUAUGGGCAGGGAAUCCAGCUAAGUUCCUGAGGAAGCUCACAGAUGAAGAAAUAGCCUUCAUCUCCCAGUCAGCCACUAAUUACGUUAACCUUGCACAAGUCCAUGCGGCUGAGAAUGGGAAGUCCUUUGAUGAGAUUGAGUUUGAGAAGGCCCUUCGUAAGAAGUUUGCUCGUCGUGAUGAGGAGUAUGACUCAAUGCUGGGUGUUGUUCGUGAAAUUCCCCCAGAACUUAUUCUUCCAGAUAAUGUAUUACCAGAUAAAGCACUCAAGGCUGAAAAAUGAUUUCUUAAGUUGUUUUUUUCGUCCCUCAACUCAAAUCUUGAGAGAUUUGAUCUAUUAAGGAGUAUUUGUUGUUAAGUGAAAAUAUGUGGAAAAGGUAUCAUUUCCUUUCCUAAUAAUACCCAACAUGUUUUAGGGCAGAACCAUGAAUCUUUUCUAGCCAUUGGAUCCACUAUUUCUGCGGCUUUUCAGAAACUAUUAUUUCUGCUUUGGCAGUUUGUAUGUUGAUGAUAAUUUUUGUAUCCAAAGAUACUUUUUUUA